AUGGAGCUCCAGGGUGACCCGCUAUCUCCGGUCCCCGACUCGGUCGAGGUUGAGCUAUCAAAUGGCAAGCGACGAUGGCGCCGAAACAGAGUCGCCUGCGACUCUUGUCACACUCGCCGUGUACGAUGCGACCGUGCAUUUCCCUGCUCAAGAUGCCUGCGAGGUGAUAUAAACUGUCAAUUCACCCGCGAGCGCCGGAAACGAGGACGGAUUGCCAGAUCCAAACAGAAAGAUGGAAAUGCGAAUGCCGGCGACGAGACAGCACAGGACCCCACCGAGGGGACGCAGGCCGAUGGGGAACACAACCGGGAGUCGCAGUCACAGCAGGUGCUGUCGCCGAUUGACCAAAAUUCUCCUGCCUCAAGCUUCCAGCAGCGAUCGCCGGCAACAAACGAGAUCAGCGCCGUGUCCGCGCCUAGUGUCGACGACCCUCGGUCUCUGCCGGAUCCUCCUCAACCGCAGCGGGCAGGCCCUGCUGCAAAUGUCACGGAGGAAUGGCUUUCAGCGGCACAUCUGUCGCCAGACUCGUAUGAUCUGCUCGCGGGCACGGGGGGCAGCGACGCGCCUCUACCUCGGUUGAUGGACAUUUGGAAUCCGGUUGAUUUUGCUGGCCACCGACCGGUUCAGCGUGCCGCUCCCAUACCGUCUGUGUCGGGGGCGAACCUUCCCAGACAAAGACAGCCGUCGACCUCCCGGUCGCCAUUGAAGUACCCUGUGUUGGAACCUCUGAUGCCGUUUCUCGAAUCGAACCUCCCGCGUCGCCUGGUGUGCGAUCUGCUUGAACUUUACUUUACCAGUGCUUUCUCAACCCAUAUGCAUCCUGUGUGCCAUCAUAUCCACUGCUACGUCCUGCGAAAGACUUCUUUUCUAAGCGUCGACCGCCCCAGGCCCACUAGUCCUGCGUUGCUGGCAAGCAUGCUCUGGGUAGCUGCUGUGGAUGAUCGGGCCUUCUCUUUAUCCAUCUCACCAUUACAACGGAGAAAGAUAUGCCAAUUUCUUUGCGCGUUAAUAAUUCGUUUACUGCGGCCUUUGAUACAUGUCUCGUUCAAAGACCAAGAUCCAUCACCUGCCGAAAACCCGACCGCCCACGACUUUUCCGCCGGGGCCCAUCACCCAUUUGAGGGAGUCGGUGACGAUAAAGGGCUGGUGGGGCCUGCCGGAUCUUUAGACGAUGUUAUUACCUAUAUCCAUGUGGCAUCAAUUAUCUCCUCUAGUGAACAGAAGGCUGCAAGUAUGAGAUGGUUCGUUGUACCCCUGUUCCUAUCCCUGUCCACUCCACUAACUCCACCUAGGUGGCAUGCGGCCUUUACAUUAGCUCGAGAACUUAAAUUGAACCAAGAGAUGGAAAUCACACCGAACAUCGACAGCAUGAGCGACGGUUCAAGUCCCUCCUUCGGCUACGGUCUAGGCGGAUGGCCCGGUUCCCCAGGCGGGUUGGGUUUUGACUACUCGAAUCCCUCGCGCCCUAGUCUGAAUUGCGUAUGUGACAAGAACCAUGAUUUGCACAAUGGUCCUAUCACAGAAGAACACCGGGAAGAGCGGCGCAGAACCUGGUGGCUGCUAUAUAUCAUGGACCGCCAUCUCGCCUUAUGCUACAAUCGUCCUCUAGCCCUACUCGAUGCUGAGAGCGAGGACCUGCUGCUUCCACUGGAUGAAAGCUCCUGGCAAGCAGGCAUUAUCCACAGCAAUAGUCCUCGUCCAGAUGGGCCUCAGUGCCCCCGGUCGGGUGACCAAAACAAACGUCGUAUUUUCCCGAACUUCAUUUGCCAUGACCACUCUAUUCUUGGAUUUUUCCUCCCACUCAUGACGAUCACUGGCGAACUUAUCGACCUAAACCAGUCGCGGAACCACCCUACUCUCGGGGUCAGGCUUCAAGGAAAAGAAGCGUGGGAGGUCCACGUGUCGGAAGUGCUGCGCCAGCUAGAGGUCUAUAAAGCUAGUCUCACAACUUUCGCUGCGGCGACAGCCGCAGACCCAGCGGCCUCAUCGACGACUGCCUAUACCCAAAAGCCAGAACCUGUUGAUCCGCAAUUGUCUCAGGCCUAUUCUUGGCACACGCAAACCGUGAUUGCGUAUUCCUCCUACCUAACCCACGUCCUCCAUAUCCUGCUCGUCGGAAAGUGGGAUCCUGUCUCACUGAUCGAAGACAAAGACUUCUGGACAUCCUCUCCAGCCUUUGCGUCGACCAUCUCACACGCAUUGGAAGCCGCCGAUUCCGUGCAACAAAUCCUCCGUUUCGACCCCGACGUUAGUUUCAUGCCUUACUUCUUCGGCAUCCAGCUGCUACAAGGCAGUUUCCUCCUACUGCUUAUAGUAGAGCGCCUACAAAAGGAAGCAGGCGAGGGCAUACUCAACGCCUGCGAGACCAUGAUUCGAGCGACAGAAUCGUGCGUGGUCACCCUCAACACGGAGUAUCAGCGCAGCUUCCGGCAAGUAAUGCGCUCUGCAGUCGCACAGGCUCGAGGUCGUCCGGUUAACCCGAGUGAAAUUCGGCAUCGCCGAAAAGCGGUUCUUGCACUUUACCGCUGGACGCGAAAAGGGACUGGCUUAGCCCUGUAA